AUGGGGUCCUCAACUGUCGACUGCGAUGUGGCUGUUAUUGGUGCCGGGCCUGUAGGCCUCACUCUCGCGCUUCUCCUAAAUGAACGGGGUCAUAAUGUCCACAUUUAUGAUCAACACGCCGCACUUUACCCUCAACCACGCGCCGUCACCAUCACUCAUCAAGCUAUGCGCAUGUAUGGUAGUCUUGGUCUACAUCAGCGAUUGUUUGAUGAAGGUGCAGUCUACGCUGAACAUGUCGCAAGUAUGCAAUGGGUUAAUGACGAUGAGGAGGUCCUUCAGGAAUUCCCGUUUAAUGUCAAGUCGAAUUCCGGUGACUUUUUCAACUAUCUUAUGCACCAACCAUCAUUGGAGAAAGUGCUUGAAGGGGCAUGCCUUGACCGUGGCGUGAAAAUUUUCCGCUCAUCUCGCUUUACCGCUGUAGAAAAUCACGAUUCACACGUUGAGAUAAUCAUAUCGAAGAUGGAGACGGUAGUCAAGAACGAAAUUGUCGACCACAUCGAAAAGAAGGGCAAAACUUUUCGGGUGACAGCUCACUUCCUUGCAGGAUGUGAUGGAGCCCGUAGUGAUGUACGCGAGAGUUGUGGCAUCAAGCUCAUUGAUGCUGGAGGUCCAAGAUCCACGUGGCUCAUUGUCGAUGUCACUCCAUUCGACAUCGAAGAAGCUGCCACAUGGAAAGAUGCAAACCAACCCAGGCAAUACAUCAGCCAUACUAGGCCAACUACUUGCGUACCGAGCUAUGCCAAAUACCGCAGAUGGGAGUUCAUGCUUCAUCCCCAUGAAUAUGAAAGCGCAAGGCAGGCUAAAUUUGUUUGGAGUCUAUUAAGCAAGUUUGGGGCUACGCCAGAGAACUCACGAAUUGAUCGAUCGGCCAUCAAUCAGCUAAGGGGUGGAUGGGUGGACAAAUUUACUCAAGGGCGAAUUGUGCUUGCAGGAGACGCCGCCCACGAAACACCACCAUUUCUGGGGCAGGGAUUGAACUCUGGUUUACGAGAUGCUAAGUCAGUCUCAUGGCGAUUGAGCCUCGCGUUGCAGGAUCCAGCGGUACAUUGGGAACAUCUAGCCGAAACUUUUACAACAGAGCAGAUCAGUAUCGCUGAACGGCUAGUUAGACAAGCAAUACAGCUGGAGAAGGUCUACACAAACACCCUUCCGAUUCCAACUGGACCAGAAGGCGGAGAACUGUCUGCUCUAAAAGACAGAGCUAUUGCAAUCGAGACGUUGGGUGCACCUGGAAUCCAUGUUCCCAAUGUAGGGAGGCCUCUUACACAAUCCAAUCCAGGCACCUUAAUCAUUGAUGAUCUCCUGAAUGUUGAAAACAAAGAAGUUCGCUUAUCCAGUUUGUUGAACGUGACAGAAUGGAUGAUUGUGGAGGAUGGCCCAUUGACCUGGGAUAACGAAGCAUCAUCCGUGUUGAACAAGUUCCAAGAUCGUCUCGGAAAGAGACUGGUGAUUGGCAAAGACUGCACAAAUCCUACAGGAAUCUUAACUGGAUGGUUUAAGGAGAACGGGCUGGUUGCUGUUUUGAUCCGUCCAGAUUAUUACGUCUAUGGUGUAGCCAAAUCGGCGUCGGAAGCGAGGGAUCUACUUGGGACCGCUUUGGCUCACGUUUAUCGUAACUGA